CUAUCCGGUUCGAUUUUUGAAAUACUUAAACGCUUUAGUUGAUUUUGGCUCUACUCAUAAGUGCGCUGUGUCCCAGGGGGUAUUAUUGUUGUUAUUUCAAAACGGUCAUACCAUCCCAAAUAUCACAAACUACGCAAAAAUAAAAAAAAAACACAACUAAAACAAUAAAAAGGCCAGCAACUGUACAACGAGGCAGGCAUAAAGAUGCUUAUGUGCAUCAAGAUGCAGACUAUUAAGUAAGGGAGAGGAUGGAAAAAGUGUUCUGGUUCGAACAAAACUCUACCAACAAAUCCAGAAAAUAACAUAUUCACGUAAAAUGAAUAACUCGAACGAGUCAGAGCCACGACGACAGGGACCACCAGCGGCGGCUGUGUCGCCCCGCGUGACCCAGUCGUUGGCGCAGUUUGAUGCAGAGAUUGGGGAGCAAUUGCGACGACAAGUGCGCGCCCAGCAACAGCCACCGCCGCCGCCAGUUGGACCGGUCGUGCUACCCAAUGGGGCCUUUCCUGGCUCCCUCACACCUGGGUGGAACGACCCACCGCCACUGAACCCCGACUCGGUUCUGGGCAAUGCCAACAGUCGGCGGCCACGCAUUGAUCCACGUCGUCGUGCGCCCUACCCCAUCGAGGGCAAUUCAUUACUAUUUUUCCCGAACCCAGAGGCUGGCGGUGCUGAGCCCUCAACGCGCCCAACAGCCAUGGUUAUGCCGCGCCAGCUGCCAUUGCCACCUGACGCACCCAAUGGCGCUGCACACCACGAGCCCGAUGACGGUACAGUGCCAACGCGUGGACGGCCCGCAUCAGGCAAUGCCGCGUCCAGAGUGCCCACAGCCGUGGUGCCACCGCGCAUGAAGAAACCCAAUCAUGCAAAUUUGCCCCACUUUUAGAUCGUAAUCAAUUGAUGUAUCAUAGAAAUUCCAAAUUCGUGUGUAAGCAUUCGCAAACUGCGGAAGAAUGCAUUUAGGGAUUACACAUGCGUCGUUGAACUCCCGUUUUUCGCUCCGGCAACUCCCCAGGACCUACGUCAGGAUGACACAUCAAUACUCCCUUCUGUAAUCCAGUAGAAUGCACCUAAAAAUAAACUACUUUAAUCAUA